AUGCCAAGAUCUCGCCUCUGCACACGGCGCAGAUUCACGGCCCGGCCGACACUGCUGCUGGCUCUAGUCUCCUUUUUUGCCAUUAUCGGCAUCACAACCCUCACAUCCAGAAUCCCACCCUCUCCAGGCCUAUCACACGACCAGAACAAGAAGAUCACCAGCCACGUGACCGAUUACCUGAAGAAGAGCAGCCUCAACCCGUUCCGCCAGCCGCUGCACGCACCGCCGCCCCAGAAGGAUGACGAGUACAAAGGUUCCUCGUGGUGGGCGGACUGGAAGUGGCUCUCCGUCCCCUUCUCGAGCUACCUGACCCUCGACGAAGACCGGUCCAUCCUGCCUCCGCUCGCGAGGAGGCCGCCCGUCUACUGCUACUACGAUGCUACGGUGAAGAAGACAAAGGACGAGAAGGAUGCCGAGAGCGAGCUGCUGCUGACUUGGAGGCGGGCGUGGUGGGCGCAGGGGUUCUGGCCCGUCAUCCUGAGUGCGGCCGAGGCGAUGAACAAUCCGAACUACGACCUGGUGCAGAGGCUGAGCCUGGAUCCUGCCAUGAAGGAUGAUCUCAUGAGGUGGCUGGCCUGGGAGGCAAUGGGCGACGGGCUGCUUGCGCACUCCACGGUGCUGCCAAUGGCUUCGCGACAGGACCCGCUGAUCCAAUAUCUUCGACGAGGCGAAUACCCCAAAUUGAGCACAUGGAAAAACCUUGAUGGAGGUCUGGUCGCCGGUCACAAAACGGAGCUCAGUGCAGCGAUUCACGCUCUGGUGGGGAGCUCCGACUUGAAGGACAAGAAGACGGUAGUGUCAGCGCUUUCGGACAAGGAGAUUAUGAUCGAGAAGGCGACCAAUUCUUUGGCCUCUUACAGCUCCGGGAUCAUUGAGGAGCGCUACUCUGAGAUCCUCGCCAAGGAGGGUGAGAGCAAGACCAAGCAGCUGCAGAGCCUAAACAAGUUAAUGAACUCGCACCUCCACCACACCUGGAGGAGUGCCUUCCCGAAAGGAAUCGAGGUCCUGAAGCCCUUCCCGGAACACACUGCCCCCCUGAUAGGCAGAGCCAUGCGCCUGGCCGAGUAUCUGCUCUCCUGCCCAGAGACCCCGAUACCCUCCAGCUGCCCUCCCAAUGCGCCGAAAUGCACCCCGUGUGGAGAAGGCCAGCAGGGGGCGAAGGGGGCCAGGAUCUCGACCCCCGCGCAGUAUCACAAUGCCACUGACCACUUCACGAUCGGCACGGUCCCCCACCCCUGGACGCUCGCCACGCUGUCGAACCUCCGGGAGAGGCUGGACGUGCCCUGGAUCCGCCGCGAGUCGAAGCGGGAUCCCUGGCUGGACGAGGUGAUGCGGGAUCUGCUGAGCGGCCCGGCCUCGAGGGGCGUGCAGAUCAUGCGGUUCAAGCAGGCCGUGGCGGGCGACGGCGCGCUGGCCUACACGUUCUGGUUUCCGGCCGAGGACAUGCCUGUCGAGCUGAACUGGCAGUUUGGCUUUGACAUUCCCAAGUCCGCGUUGGAUGAUCCCAAGACUGCCAGCACGGACAGUUCGAGUAGCAGUACCGCCAGCAGCAGCACAGAGAGUAGCACGAUUAGUAGUAGUACGGCGGACGCUGCUGCUGGUGCGACCACCACGGCCACAGCCGAGAAGCGUGCAGACGAGGAAAGCAAGGAGAAGGACAGCAAGGAUAAGGAAAGCAAAAACAAGGACAGCAAAGACAAGGAGAGCCAGGAGAAGGACAGCAAAGACAAGGAAAGCAUAGACUCCGAACCCCAAAACGCCCCCGAGGUCGUCGAGGACGUCGGCGGAAAAGAGCAGAGGAUAUUCGACAACGCCAAGAAGCUCAUCGCGCUGACCAAGUCCACGGACGAGACCAAGAUGCGCGCCUCCCUGGAGGCGUGGAGCAUGGCCGACACCGAGAUCUGGAAGUUCACGCGGGCCUUCCAGGCCAGGCGCAUCAAGGUCCGGACCGACUGGGAGAAGGAGGAGGCCGGGUACAGCCGGGGUGCCGGUACGGAGGGCGGGCGCACGUCGUGGAGCCGGUGGCAGGACCACAAGGGCGACAAAUAA